AUGUUUAAGCGGCGGCGUGAGGUGAAUAGAGUCAGUCAGCAAGAAGCGCUGGGGAGAGAGCAGGGACUGCGAGCCCGGCGGAUGCGGCAGCGCGGAGGGCGGCUGGGGAGACGCUACUCCAACUGUUGAAUUUUCACCUUUUCAUUUCCACCGAAGCUUUGCUUGCGGAGAUGGAUUUAUUUGCUUUGAAAUCCGCACGUCUUUCGCAGGCUGUGAGCUGAUCCUGACAGGCACCAGACUGAAAGAGACCACCCGUGACAGAAAAGGAGGAAAAAAAAAAACCCUCCACAACGGACUGCACAAUUAACUACGCACGCCGGUGCUGGACUUUGUGAAUAGAGAACACAGGGGAAAACCGUGAACUGUGAUGCGGGGCUAAGCUUUGAACAGUCAUUGUAAUCCUGAUUUUUUUUCUUUUUUUCCUAAGACUCUGAAAGAUUUGUGGGUUCCUCACGCCUAACCAAAAGGAAAGGUUUUAAAAAAUAAAUACACACACCUAGCAAAACAGACGCCUUGUUUUCCAGAGCCUCGGACUCCGGCAGAAAGAGGUAGAGUAAAAGUGCUGCUGGGUUCAGCUUCACCUUCCCCCUUCCCUCCCUCCCCUUCUCUCGCUUUUUUUUUUUUUCCUUUUUCACCAAAACAUGAAUCUGGCUUUUCUUUCUGUAGAGUGAGUCAGAGAAAGCGUUAGAAAGAAGCCACAACUAAUGUCUGUGAAGGGAGGACCAUGAGGCGAGAGUGAAUACGAUUCGUUCCGCUGCUUCUGACUCAUCGGGCAGAUCGGAACACCUGCAUUUCUGGAUGUGUCAUUCCCGUAUGUCGAGGCGCCUCGAGAACUCGAAAUAAUGUAUAGACAGACCUGUGCCUAACAUCCCCCGGGCGGCAGCUCCCCGGGGUGGGCGCCCCAGGCUGGACCGCUGCGGCCGCAGCCCCUCGCCCGCUGCCCUCGCGAGUCGCCCAGACUGUAUGAGCGAGACUGCAGAAAGCAUCACGCCAAACCUUGAUGUGUUCCUUUCAUCCAGCCCACUCCUCCUACUAUAGAAAAAAUUGAAGCAAAAAAAAAAAACCCGCACUUUAUUCGCUUCAAAUAUUCACUUUUAUUUCUCGCCAAGGUUUUCCUUUCUAGAUGAAGAGGACUGGGAGGCAGGGCCAUUGGAAGGAGAUGCUGAAUAGAAAGAAAAGAGAGGCACUUGACAGCCCAGCCCUGUGAAUGCAGAGACUGUUUCCCUUCUAACGAGAGACAGGGAGAGUGUGUGUGCGAGCACUGGGAGGGUGGCUCCCCUUCCUUUUUAUUCCGCCUCCCCCUCCCCUUUCAAAUCUGCACAUCCAACCAUGAGUUGCCUGUUGAUUUCCUUUCGUCUGGGAAGAAAAGAAAACUGGAAUUAAACUGCAUCUAGAGAAGUCCUGGCUCGCGGGGAGAGAAUGGGAUGGUAGCGGCGGCUACUGGCUUGGCGUAGAGAAAUCACGGAGUGUGUUCUACGAACAGAGGCGGAGAUAUAUCUAUAUAUUUUUCUCCUCCCAGUAGACUCACACCACAAACGCUGAUCAGACUGUGGCUUUCUUGGCUUGGGGGAAAGCCUUUUCCGAGGAAGAGAGGGAGGAGCCUGGGAAAGGGAGGAAACUACAAAUCGGAACACUAGUUCUUUGCGCUGCAUUUCCUCCCCUCCCUUUGGCUGCUCGGAAAGAAGAGGGAGAGAGAGAGAGAGAGAAAUCUUGGCUGGGAGAUGCAGUCCGCCGCCGCCGCCGCCGCCUCAGCCGGCAAUGCAAGAUUAGAUCUCUAAAUGCAGCAAAACACUGCCUGAAAACAGUCCAGCCCGCGAAGCAAGCAGACAUUUCACAGGGCUCCGGGGAAGCUUGAAAAUAUAUCUGACUCUUUUCGUUGUUCCUCAUCCCCAUCAAUUUCAUCACAGGAGGCGAGAAACAAGUAAGGAUUUCACUUUCCGAUCUGCCUGGAGACACACCUCCCCGCUCCCUCCCCCACCCGAUGUGAAGAGUAUUCCGGAGGCAAAAGGCAGAAGUGGAUUUGCAGCGCCCUAGCGGGAGCGAGGAAAACCUACGGAUUCUUUAGCUCAUUAUCAUCCUUCCCAGACGCUAUUUCCUUCUUAUCGCUGGUCUCAUCGCUCAAGUUUGAGUCGCCCGAAGUCCCGGCGGGAGAGACAAAGCCCCGGGCUCGCCCCCAGCCGCAGGGAGCCUCCGCCUUGCUCAGUGCCCCUGCGGCUCCGCUGCGCUGCUGCUUCUCGCCCAGUGCGGAUGCUGUAGAUCAACAGGUUCGGGGAACUUGAGAGGAAUAAGGAGAGACCGCCAGGUGCAGCAGCCCGGGAGCGGAAGGAAGGAAGGACCCACAGACUUGAGGUUCGCGUCGCGCGCGCACACUGCCCCAAGCUGGCGCGCACCCAUCCAUUCGCCCCUCCAGUCCGGCUGCUUCUGCCAACACCCCACCGGUCUGGGAUGUACCUUUCCAUCUGUUGCUGUUUCCUCCUAUGGGCCCCUGCCCUGACGCUCAAAAACCUGAACUACUCCGUACCGGAGGAGCAAGGGGCCGGCACGGUGAUCGGCAACAUCGGCAAGGAUGCUCGACUGCAGCCUGGGCUUCUGCCCGCAGAGCGCGGCGGUGGCGGCGGCGGCGGCGGGCGCAGCAAGUCUGGUAGCUACCGGGUGCUGGAGAACUCGGCGCCGCACCUCCUGGACGUGGACGCCGACAGCGGGCUCCUGUACACCAAGCAGCGCAUCGACCGCGAGUCCCUGUGCCGCCACAAUGCCAAGUGCCAGCUGUCCCUCGAGGUGUUUGCCAACGACAAGGAGAUCUGCAUGAUCAAGGUGGAGAUCCAGGACAUCAACGACAAUGCUCCGUCCUUCCCCUCCGACCAGAUUGAGAUGGACAUCUCCGAGAACGCGGCCCCCGGCACCCGCUUCCCUCUCACCAGCGCGCACGACCCGGACGCGGGUGAGAACGGGCUCCGCACCUACCUGCUUACGCGCGACGACCACGGCCUCUUCGCGCUGGACGUCAAGUCCCGCGGCGACGGCACCAAGUUCCCAGAGCUAGUUAUCCAGAAGGCACUGGACCGCGAGCAGCAGAACCACCACACGCUCGUUCUGACCGCCCUGGAUGGCGGCGAGCCGCCGCGCUCCGCCACCGUGCAGAUCAACGUGAAGGUGAUUGACUCUAACGACAACAGCCCGGUCUUCGAGGCGCCCUCCUACCUGGUAGAGCUGCCCGAGAACGCCCCGCUGGGCACCGUGGUCAUUGACCUGAACGCCACCGACGCCGACGAGGGUCCCAACGGCGAAGUGAUCUACUCCUUCAGCAGCUAUGUACCCGACCGCGUGCGGGAGCUCUUCUCCAUUGACCCCAAGACCGGCCUGAUCCGUGUCAAGGGCAACCUGGACUAUGAGGAGAAUGGGAUGCUGGAGAUCGAUGUACAGGCCCGAGACAUGGGUCCCAACCCCAUCCCGGCCCAUUGCAAGGUCACUGUCAAGCUCAUCGACCGCAACGACAACGCGCCGUCCAUCGGUUUCGUCUCCGUGCGCCAGGGGGCGCUGAGCGAGGCCGCCCCGCCCGGCACCGUCAUCGCCCUGGUGCGGGUCACUGACCGAGACUCGGGCAAGAAUGGGCAGCUGCAGUGCAGGGUCCUGGGCGGAGGUGGGGCGGGCGGCGGCGGCGGCGGCCUGGGCGGGCCGGGAGGUUCUGUGCCCUUCAAGCUGGAGGAGAACUACGACAACUUCUACACCGUGGUGACUGACCGCCCGCUGGACCGCGAGACACAAGACGAGUACAACGUGACGAUUGUGGCGCGGGACGGGGGCUCUCCUCCACUCAACUCCACCAAGUCGUUCGCCGUCAAGAUUUUGGACGAGAAUGACAACCCUCCUCGUUUCACCAAGGGACUCUAUGUGCUGCAGGUGCACGAGAACAACAUCCCAGGAGAGUACCUGGGCUCUGUGCUCGCCCAGGACCCCGACCUGGGCCAAAACGGCACAGUGUCCUACUCUAUCCUGCCCUCGCACAUCGGCGACGUGUCCAUCUACACCUAUGUGUCUGUGAACCCCACCAACGGAGCCAUCUACGCCCUGCGCUCCUUUAACUAUGAGCAGACCAAAGCUUUUGAGUUCAAGGUGCUCGCUAAGGACUCCGGCGCGCCCGCGCACUUGGAGAGCAACGCCACUGUUCGGGUGACUGUGCUAGACGUGAAUGAUAACGCUCCGGUGAUCGUGCUGCCCACGCUGCAGAACGACACGGCUGAGCUGCAGGUGCCGCGGAACGCUGGGCUGGGCUACCUGGUGAGCACCGUGCGCGCCCUUGACAGCGACUUCGGCGAGAGCGGGCGCCUCACCUACGAGAUCGUAGAUGGUAACGACGACCACCUGUUUGAAAUCGAUCCGUCCAGCGGCGAGAUUCGCACGCUUCACCCCUUCUGGGAGGACGUGACGCCGGUGGUGGAGCUGGUGGUGAAGGUGACUGACCACGGCAAGCCCACCCUGUCCGCAGUGGCCAAGCUCAUCAUCCGCUCGGUGAGCGGCUCCCUGCCCGAGGGGGUGCCCCGGGUGAACGGCGAGCAGCACCACUGGGACAUGUCGCUGCCGCUCAUCGUGACUCUGAGCACUAUCUCCAUCAUCCUCCUGGCGGCCAUGAUCACCAUCGCCGUCAAGUGCAAGCGCGAGAACAAGGAGAUCCGCACUUACAACUGCCGCAUCGCCGAGUACAGCCACCCGCAGCUGGGCGGGGGCAAGGGCAAGAAGAAGAAGAUCAACAAAAAUGAUAUCAUGCUGGUGCAGAGCGAGGUGGAGGAGAGGAACGCCAUGAACGUCAUGAACGUGGUGAGCAGCCCCUCCCUGGCUACCUCCCCCAUGUACUUCGACUACCAGACCCGCCUGCCCCUCAGCUCGCCCAGGUCGGAGGUGAUGUAUCUCAAACCGGCCUCCAACAACCUGACUGUCCCUCAGGGGCACGCGGGCUGCCACACCAGCUUCACCGGACAAGGGACUAAUGCGAGCGAGACCCCGGCCACUCGGAUGUCCAUAAUUCAGACAGACAAUUUUCCCGCAGAGCCCAAUUACAUGGGCAGCAGGCAGCAGUUUGUUCAAAGCUCCACGUUUAAGGACCCAGAAAGAGCCAGCCUGAGAGACAGUGGGCACGGGGACAGUGAUCAGGCUGACAGUGACCAAGACACUAACAAAGGCUCCUGCUGUGACAUGUCUGUUAGGGAGGCACUCAAGAUGAAAACUACUUCAACUAAAAGCCAACCACUUGAACAAGCAUUCCCGACUUUGCUUUCCUUUGCUAUCCUCACCCUACACACCAUCACAAGUAGACUUCAGUCUGUUGAUCUGCUUCCUCCAGAACCGGAAGAGUGCGUUAAUUGCACAGAUGAAUGCCGAGUGCUUGGUCAUUCUGACAGGUGUUGGAUGCCACAGUUCCCUGCAACCAAUCAGGCUGAAAACGCAGAUUACCGCACAAAUCUCUUUGUACCCACAGUGGAAGCUAAUGUGGAGACUGAGACUUACGAAACUGUGAAUCCCACUGGGAAAAAGACUUUUUGUACAUUUGGAAAAGACAAGAGAGAGCACACGAUUCUCAUUGCCAAUGUGAAACCUUAUUUAAAAGCCAAACGUGCCCUGAGCCCUCUCCUCCAAGAGGUCCCCUCCGCAUCCAGCAGCCCAACCAAGGCAGGCAUCGAGCCUUGCCCCUCCACCAAAGGCUCUCUGGAUGGCUGCGAAGCGAAACCGGGAGCUCUGGCCGAAGCGAGCGGCCAGUACUUGCCCACUGACAGUCAGUAUCUGUCCCCCAGCAAGCAACCGAGAGACCCUCCCUUCCUGGCUUCUGAGCAGAUGGCGAGGGUCUUCGCAGAUGUGCAUUCGAGAGCCAGCCGGGAUUCCAGCGAGAUGGGCGCUGUCCUGGAGCAUCUCGACCACCCCAACAGGGAUCUGGGCAGAGAGUCCGUGGAUGCUGAGGAAGUCGUUCGAGAAAUCGACAAGCUUCUGCAAGACUGCCGGGGAAAUGACCCUGUGGCUGUGAGAAAGUGAAAGGGGAAAAAAAAAAAAAAGCAUUGGCAUUUCCGUCUCUUCUGUCGAUUUAAAAAUGAUCCCUCCUGGUGACAACUCAUUUUUACAGGGAUGAAGGAAGACCGACGCUGCUUUAAGGCUUUUAGUGAACAUCUGAAGUGCCCACAAGUACGUUCUUUUCACUGCUGUUUCUUUUUCAGAGAUAACAAUGGUUUUGUUUUGAUCAAACUUAUAUUAGGACAGAAUUAAUGAUGCUCAAAGAGAAGAGGAAAAAAAAAAAGAAGAAAAGAGAAAAGGAAAAGGAGGAUGAAAAGGCGUGUUACCUUUUGACAAUCUGUGAGGAAGGUAUGCGAUGGGAGAAUGGACGUUUUUUCUGAUCACUCUAAGACUGUCCUCCGUGAUUUAUGCUGACUUAACUGUUUACCUAUAAACCCCGUACAAAGCAGGGUCAGAAUUUGUGAUCUGUGGUAGAUUUCUAGCAGUCACCACAGGCUUCUACUGAAAGUCCCGAAAAGACCUUGCAGUAGUCCGAGCUACACCAAACAUGAACACAUCUUUGUGGUGAACAUUUCUGUAUAAAGUUACCUGCCACACAUAUAAACACAAAGAACAUUCCAUAUCAUUAGUCGAAAAAAAAUUUUUUUAAAACUUGGUCAUUUGUAAAAAACACCUCACGUCGUAUAAAAGUUAAAUGUAAAAUGGUAUGGUCCAUUUUGUCCUGCACACACAUAGACUAAUUCACUUCAUUAAAGGAGAAGAAAAUUUAAAGGUUUAAAAUGCCUCAUCAGCAUUUUAGUGUCCAGCAAACAGACUAAAUAGUGAUGGAUGUGUUUUCAAUUUGACCUAGAAAAGUUCUGAAAAAGAGUGACCAUCGAGGGAUGAUAUUCAGAGACAAUUAACGCAAUUGGUAUGUUUCAUUCAUUUGUGGACACUAAAAUAGCUCAGGAAAGUGAACAUGUCUUAGACAUAACACAAAUCACCUGACCAUUUAAAUGUGCAAAAUGUAAGAAGAUUCAAUGUGUUUACAUCAAAUGACAUAUUUUUAUUGAUUUAUUGCAGAUUCAGUGCAUAUGAGCCAAAUUGUUGAGUGUAUAAGAGCUAUAUUGUGUAUUUUAUUAAAUUAAUAUAUAGUUGUGUUGCAAAAAUAUUUGGGCUUAUAUUGUAAAUGGCAAGUGUUGCCUCGGUAGCUGUCGAACUCUAUGAGUUUUGUUUUUUUCCUGCUUCCUUUUCCCCAUGGAGUGUUGGAAGCAGUGCCUCAGAGCGAAGUCUCUCGUUUAAUGUAUAGUCUACCAAGUACUGCAGUACAUAAUCUGUUCAAAAUGUGUUUGAGUGAGCUGAUGGAGCUAACUGAAAGGUCAAAAAAUCCAUCCGUCAGUCAUGGUUAUGUGCAAGUUCUUGUAGAAGCUUUUAUUAAAGUCAUGCUGAAUCACAAGAAUUACAUUUGUAACAAAACUUGAACCUUCUUCAUGUUUUUUCAAUAACAUUCAGCUUCUGCCUGUGUAGAUAUCAUCCUGUUGAUUGGUUCUCAAAAAGUAUCUUAAGUGGUUCAAGGUGUGUGUUUCCCAUUAUAUUUCAAAACCAUAAAAAAUGCUUUAAUGCAUGUGUGGUACCAGCACUGGUUACUUGCAUUGUGUAGUGUUUUUCAAGAGGUCUGGGUCUUAACAAAAGGUUUGCCUUUUUUUUUCUCCAAUGCUCUUCUGCCUCUUUUUAUUGGUGUCCUUUGAGAACAAUACACCUUCUACUCCUGCAUUUGGUUGCACCUUUUCUUGUGACAUUUAGCAAGUUUCAAACUUCCUUCCAUACUAGGCUAGGAAACCUCAAAUUUCAGGAAUUGGGAAAAAAUCAAAUUAGCACUUGCAGAAGCAGCAGCAGAUGGGAAAAUGCCUUGAUUGACAUUUUCCUUCAGCGUUGAAAAUUUUUGGCAUUUUAUAGCUUCAUGACAAACAGUUUCCAGCCCAUACCUUCGAAAAUGUGGUGCUGAGUUUAAAUAAAGGCUGUUUGUGCAUUGGGGCAGAAAAAUGCAUUAUUUGCAAACUGGUGGAGAAUUCUGUGCCUUCUUUCCUGGCCACUGAGCCAGUGUAGAAACAGCAUAAAUGUCAUAAAACCCUUCUAUUAAAAACAAAAACAAAAGCAAAAACAAAUAUUGAGGUGAAUUCAGUUUUGUAAUUUUAAACCUCAAAACAUCCCACUGAAAAUAAUUUCCCUCAAAUGUCGUCAAGAUUUUAGACUGUACCUUGUUUGCAAAACUGCUUUGAAAGGGAAGAGUGGACAACUCCCAUCAGCCUUAUUCUCUUGAGAACUGUAUUUGGUUCCUAGUAACAGCCUUUCCAAAGCUUGAAUCGGUUUUUAUUAUUCGUAGAUGUUUAAAUCAGAAAAGAAGGGAUCUUGUACAUGAGAAACCUAAUUGACUCUCUAUAUUUUGGACAAUUUAUGUAUCUGAAAUGUGUUGUCUUUGUUAUAUGAUGUUAUGAUUAUUAUUUUUGCCAGGAGACUACAGGUUGAUUUAGUGUGAUAGCUGAAAUUUGAUGAAAAACUGAUUGACAUUUAGUCUUACCAAGUGUUGCCUCUCUCUUACUAGACAGAUAGACCAGUAGUAAAAUCUAAGGCAGUAUGUAAAUGAAAUCAACAAAGAGAGUAGGGUUUAUUUUUCAAACGUUCUUAACGCUGAGUAACCAGUUGUUCAAUUUAUUAUAUGUGUCUGAAGACAUUAAAACACUAUCAGAUUUUAAGGAUUGGUUGUGCCAAUGUUUGAGGAAUUUAGGCUCUGUCACCAGUGAUUUACUAGUGAUAGCUGUUUAACACAUUAUCUGUAUUUAGUAGUGAUUAUUUAUUUACAAGUUGGUGGUAAUUUAGCAGUCAGGACUCUAAGCUUUUAUAGUUGAGUUGAAGGAAACUCGCUUUGAUUCAUCUGGCUGGCAACUGCCUUGAUCACAGACCUCUGGUGCUUGGCUUCCAAGGAAGUCCAUGAGAUGCCAAAAUUACCCUUUUGGGGAGCAAUAUGCUCUCAGGGGUGAUGCAUGAUCAAACAGUGAUACUUCAAGGGGUUUUAGCAUCAUUCAGAAUGUGAAAAAAUUAUUUAAUUCACAUCCUCCAGUGACUAAUCCCUCAAAAAAAAAUUCCACACAUUCAAAAUGAAAAAUAAUACUUUGUCUUUUAGGUCCUUAAAAGACUGAAGUCAAGCACAGAAAAAUAAUUUAUAGAAAUCUUCAUAAGAAAGUCAGAAUUCUAAACAUUGUUUAUUGAUGAAUGAAAAAAAAUCAGUAAUGAAACUAUUUUUCCAUUAAAUGUUAAUGAUGAAAGAUCUUUACAUCAAAGUUAAAAGUAGUGAGAAUCAGUGUUAGUUAUACCUAUACCAAAGUAAACAUUAAAGAGACAUAUCAUGCAAUUUCAAACAAUGCUUUCAUAUUGUGUCUUAACCUGACAGACUUAUCUUUACUGCAGGCAAUAUGCAAAGAUUGGCUCACUACUCCCUAAAUGAAUUGAAUCCCUGGUUGGGAAAUUGACUGGUUUUGUUUGCCUAAAUUAGCUGAGAUCUUGUAAAACACAUGACUUCCCUUUAAAGGAUCUAGGUACUGCUCAAUUUAAAAAAAUGACACCAUAAAAAAAAAAGUCAUGUAGUAAUCGAGCAGUGUGCUUUAUUAGAACAGAGUUAAAAGCUGUUUAUUGCCUAAUGGAGUAGAAGUUGCUGAGGUCAACAAGUAGACUGAGGUUUGGCAUACUAUAUGCCUACUCAUUAUUGUCUAAUUACAUUCUUUUGACAACAGACAGCAUUUAUCAGAGCGUUCAUUCAAAUGAGAGUUUUGGCUAUCAAGAUGUGUUGAUUGGAAAUGUAACUGAAUGAGAUGAAUAAAGUCUGACUCUCCCUGGCCCCAGUGUUUUGCAGGUUGGCUAUUCUCAUUUAUCAGCCCCAUCACUCCAUAAGGUUCUUAGCUGCACCAAGUAAUUGGUGAACAAAGACAACAACAACAAAAAGCAGCAUACAUUGUAAGGAUUUAUCUCAACGCUAUUGUUUAAUGGCUGUGUUUAAUGUGACCUAUAUGGAAAAUGAGGACUCCGAAUAAAAAGCUAUUACUAAUA